UGAAUUGAAGAAACAACUAUGUCCACAUUUUUCAAUUUGGAAACGUUAACCAUUUGCCGACAACAAACAAGUUGCUGUGACACGAAUUUGCAUUAAUGUGCCUUUCCUUGUUUCACACAGCGCAAACCCCUCCUUCUUAUGACGUGAGAGGACCAGAUAUUCUAAACAACUGAACGUGGUGUGGAAAUGCAACAGGCAAGACCUGUCACAUUGGAAACCUAACAGCCCAGGACUGAAAUAGAAACGGACUUCUCUCCCUAUCUGUGUAAAUAAAAUGUCUGCUUUAUCCCCGUCUGUGAAUGAAAGAUCGGCUGUGAAUUAUAGUGAUUUUGAAGACUUGGAAAGAAGGCGAAGUAGAUCACAACAGCAGAGGAACCGGACUCAUGAACAAGAACAGAUUGCGGAACAUCAGAGGAAUCACAGCACUGAGCACAGAACAGCACCGCCUCCAGUAGACGACUGUGAAAAGCUGGGGACUCUUUUCGGAGAGCUCAACAAGUGCCUGAGAAACAUUGGCUUUACACAGGUGUACUUUGCGGAGAAGACUGUUGAGCCGGUGGUGAUAAUCUUCUUCUGGGUGAUGCUGUGGUUCCUGGGCAUACAUGCUCUGGCCCUGGUGGCUGUUUUGUGCCUUGUCAUCAUUUUCAUUCAAAAAUAAUACCUGACCAUAAAAUAAGGACUGUUCUUCUAUCUGUGCCAUGCAUUUGGUGAUUGUUUUAUCUGUGUGGGUGGAGACCAGGGGGUAAUACUGCAGAAUUAUAGUUCUAAUGUUUGAGAUAUGUAUUUAUAUACCGUAUAAACAUAUGAAGGCAUAAAACCAGGGUUUGCUGCUUUAACUAAAGGAUCUGGUAAAAACAAUCUACAACAUUUGUUCUCCUUCUUUCCUUACAUGUACCCUUUUCCACAUUUAAUUUUAACAAACUCUUGCAGCAUGUUUGUAGUGAACUACUGUAUAUUGUUUGCUAGCUGCCACUCCCUUGUUACUUAUCCCAGCAGAUCAACGUCACAGUUCUGAAACGAGUAAAUAAAGCAAACAGUGUAGAUUACAGGUUACAUCAUAUGGACUAAUGUACCACCAGGAAGACCAGUAUGAGAUUUAGGGUGGGGGGGCGGAGAGGGGAUUAAUUAUAUUUCACCUUCUACAGCUCUGUAACUAAAUACCUCGGCAUUGUGCACAAACUAGUUUAAGUGUAAAAAAAAAAAAAAAAAAAUCUGCUUUAAAUCCAUUGGAUGUGGAAUUUCUUUUUAAAAAAUACGGUAUUCACGAAAAGCAUGUGAUUGCUUCACCCUGUUUUAUUGGAUCUGGUUACAAAACCCUGAUCUUUGAUCCUUAAUGAAGAUGUAUAGGGUAUGACUCUGUGGUGAUUGGUUCUUGCCAAGUAAUAUAAACAAUAUAUUCACUGUAAUAGUACUACAGUGUGCCAAAUACACAUGUAUGAUUUUUGGAAGGUAAUUGCAGUAAUUUAAGUACAUGAAUUAAACGGAAAUGUGAAUUAACAGGGUUAUGCUAUAGUUCUUGAAAAAUAUAUAUUAUAUUGCAUUUUUAUAAAUCAUGGAGUAAUGAAAACCCAAAUAUGUUUAAUCCAUAUGCUAUACAUAUAAUACAUUAUUAAAGCUACAAGAUGUUUAUAUAUGAUGAAAAAUCAACAGUGUUUUUAAGAAUAUAUAGUCAGAAAUUUUACAAAACAAUAAAAAACAUGAACUCUACUAACUCUAUACUGUGUUUUU